GUUUUGCCUGUCAGCUGAUUCGAAAAAGAGCCAACUAUUCGAAAAAGCGCCGACUGCGGGCGGGCUCAUGUCAGCGCGUGUUACCGUACUCGGAGAGGGUCAUCGCCACGAUCAAGUGCGUCUAGGAUAUUCGAAUUCAUCUUCUACAAUACAUUACGACAAGAACAGCCUGCUGUUGCUGAUCGUCAUACAACGCUAGACAUAUUCACAUUCACGCCUCGAACACUGCUUCCGUUUUUUUGCCCCUUCUCUCUUUUUUUCCCCACGUUUUCUAGGCCUGAAUAUUAGAGAUGACUAGUGGCGAGGCGAAACCCGCCGUGGUGGAGAAAACACACCAUUUGCACUACCUUAACGAAUUUCGAGUAGAAGCUUGUCCGUUAUUCAAACAGCAUCAAUGCCAACAACAUAGGCCAUAUACCUGCUUUAAUUGGCAUUUUGCCAAUCAAAGAAGACGGAGGCCACUUCGCAAGUCCGACGGUUCGUUCAACUACUCGCCUGACAUUUACUGUGACAAAUACGAUGAAAAUACCGGCAUUUGCCCAGAUGGUGACGAAUGCGUUUACCUGCAUCGAGUUUCCGGUGAUGUCGAGCGAAAAUACCAUCUACGUUAUUACAAAACCGCCCAAUGUGUACAUCCAACCGACUCACGUGGACAAUGCAUCAAGAAUGGUGCACAUUGUGCGUUUGCCCAUUCGUCGGCCGAUUUGCGACAACCUCAGUUUGAUCAACAUGAAGCGGGGUUUUCGACAACGGUCGAUGGUGACGGACGCGAUAGGACGAGUUUUGUGAUUGAGGAUCCUUUGUGGCACAGUCAGGAUCAUGUCCUGUCAUGUUACAAGACGGAACAAUGUCGAAAACCAGCGCGACUCUGCCGACAAGGUUAUGCAUGUCCUUUUUACCAUAACUCCAAAGAUCGGCGAAGACCUCCAGCGAUCUGCAAGUAUAGGUCAACUCCGUGUCCUGCUGCGAAAACCGUAGAUGAGUGGUUGGAUCCGGAGUUAUGCGAAGCUGGUGACUCUUGUCAAUACUGCCAUACUCGCACCGAACAGCAGUUCCAUCCCGAGAUCUACAAAAGCACGAAGUGUAACGAUAUGCUCGAGCAUGGUUACUGUCCUCGAGCUGUAUUUUGUGCAUUUGCACACCAUGACUCGGAACUGCACGUGCAGCGAACUCCAUAUGUAACUAGUAGUCAAGCAAGCCCAAAGGAACAAUGCAGUCCGAAUACGAAUGGAGGCGACUCGAUGCGAUUUGGAUCGCCAAUCUCAAAUGGCACAUCAACACCGUCGUAUUCGUCUGUGCUUAAACAACGACAUCCAAUGGCAGCAACUAAGGGCUAUUCAGCUACUACGGAUCAAAUCUCUAGUAGUUAUCCGAAAGCUCCUGGUUAUGAACGAGGAGGACCCUUGUCGCCAAACCGCAACAAUGAAUCUUCUAUGGGAAGACUGCGUACUCACUCUCUCAAUAUGGCUCAUUUAGACUUGGGUAGACGUUGCAAUGUUAGUGGAUUUGAAGCUGUUCCCGGAACUUCCCUGCCCUCUCACUCUUCAUUGUGCCGAUCAGAUAGCGGGUUCCACGCAGUUACAGAAGAACUAAGCCUGGACCUAGCCCCUAUCGAAGAACAUCAGAAACCUCUCUCCGAGCUCUUCUCAGGAAAUAUGCACAUUGAUGACAUCAAAGUUGUGGAAUUCUCCGAGCUUCCAGUGUCGUCUGUAUCAUCGCCAAUGCGUAUACCCGGUGCCGAGUCAUUCCAUACCUCACCUCUCACAUCUUUUGGCGAAAUUCUGUUCGGUCCCACAAAGUCUUUGCUGACAACGCCUUCACAAAUCGCUACUUUUGAUAGUCAGGAGAGUUCCGAUGUGAAUGAUGAAUUAGCAAAGACUAAAAUGGAAUUGCGGUCGCAUCAUGACAAAGUAGCCAUCUGGGAAGAAGGCUUGAAACAGGCCCGCCAGGCUUGUGAAGCUUGGAAGGCUGAUGCGGAACAUUAUAAAAUGAAAGCUGAACAGGCCGAAAUGGAGAGGAAUCGUGCCGUUUUCGAACGCGAUCAGCUCGUACAGCAGCUAGAAGCCGUAAAGAUGCACUUGGCUAGUAGUGGCUUAUCGCUGGGUGGCCUUGUGCCUCAACUAGCACCACCUAGCGAUUUCAGUGAAGGAGUUCUGAGAGCAGCCUUACAGAAUUCUCAACCUCAUAGCAUGUUUGUUCUAGACGACGCGAUCGCGCCAGCUUGUGCGCGAUGUGGUCGCGACCGUUCGCGAGCGGACAGCCGUCCGGGAUGUCCGUUAUGCUCUACGUAG